UUUCCUUUUUUUAGGUAGAAAAACUCUAAAGAUAUUCAAGACCUCCAAUGGACGAGCCUUGAUUACCAAAAUGUAUUGUAAGUAGGGAUUUUGGUACUGGAACUCCCGUACAGGGGGAGUUAGUGCUGUUGUCACUUACAUUCCUCCGAUCGAGUCUCCUUCGCCGGGCAAAUAUCACCGACGGGGUAGUCUGAAUCACGCCGGAGAUCAGGUUUCACCACUUGUACCAGGCAAGUCCCUUUAUUUCUGUUUGAUCCAACCUUCCAACAAUGAACCCUAAUUUUUCUCUGUUUCUCCCUCUGGAGUGAGUGUUUCAAGUAAAAUUGCAGCUUGGAAGGGUAAUGACAGCCUACUUAUUGAACACCCAUGUUUGUGCUACUGUCAUCAUAUUCUGGUUUGGAAAGUGGAAACCCCUUAAAUGGUCCUCUGGAUUCUGAAAGUUGCAGUUAUAUAUAAGGUUGAUACAUGCAAUCAGUUCUGUAGGUGUUGAAGAUUCCAAGUCGUAGCCCAAUUUCUAAGAUGAGCCAAAAUGCAAACUUUGGAGCUAGCAGAUACCAAAAAAUGUUAAUGGAAGUUCCUCACCAUAUUAUAUUGACUAGUCCACAAGAAUUAGAUGCUCCACGUGAAUCAAGUAGUCCACAUGAAGAUGCUGUAGGACUUAGACUUCAAUCAGCAAAUGACUUAGCAAGUUCCAAUGUUCCCAUGGAAGAUAAAGGCAAAAAAGAUUGGGUACCAGAGCUUGGCAUGGAGUUUGAAACAGAAGAGCUGGCCUAUGAGUUCUAUAAUAGAUAUGCUGGAAAGAUAGGUUUCAGUGUUAGAAAAGAUUGGUUAAAUAAAAGCAGGAAUGGUGUUGUGCGAUCUAGAUGCUAUUGCUGUUAUAAAGAAGGUCACCGCAAGAAAGACAGGCGACAUGAAUUUGUGAAGAAUCCACGUAAUGAGACAAGAACUGGCUGCAUGGCACACAUGAUUAUUACCAUUCAACCUAAUGGUAAGUAUCGUAUUGGAAAAUUUGAAGCAGCUCACAAUCAUGAAUUUGUAACCCCAGAGAUGGCUCACUUGUUGAAAUCACAUAGGAAAUCAACUGCUGAUCAAGGUACUGAAGCUGAUGGGAUACGACCAAAAUCAACCCUGAGGACUAAGGUUAGGCAUGAUGAAGAUCAUGAGGAUAAUGAUUUUCUUAAGUUUAACUGUGCAAAUUAUUUACAUUCUAAGCGGUUGAAAGCAAUGAAGAGGGAGAUGCAGGAGCUCUUUUACAAUAUUUCCAGAGGAAGCAAUUAGAAAAUCCAGCAUUCUAUUAUGUGAUACAGCUUGAUGUGGAUGAUAGGAUAACAAACAUUUUCUGGUCAGAUGCAAAGAUGGUGGUGGACUAUGGUCAUUUUGGUGACGUUGUUUGCUUGGAUACAACUUAUCGAAGCAAUGAUCAUGGUCGGCCAUUUUCACUAUUUCUCGGUAUAAAUCAUCAUAAGCAACUUGUAAUCUUCGGUGCAGCGCUUCUCUAUGAUGAAACUACUGAGUCUUUCAAAUGGUUGUUUGAGGCCUUUAUUAAGGCAAUGUCUGGAAAAAUGCCGAAGACAAUUCUAAUUGAUCAAGAAACUGCAAUAAGUAAUGCAGUUGCAUCAGUGUUGCCCGAAACACGUCAUCGUAUCUGUGUGUGGCAUGUAUUCCAAAAUGCCCUUAAACACCUUAGUCAAGUAUUCAAUUGUUUUAAAUCUUUUGCCAAGGAUUUCAGUAGCUGUUUAUAUGAUCAAGAGGAAGAGGAAGAUUUUAUCCAAGCAUGGGGGAGUAUGCUUGAAAAGUACAAUCUUACAGAAAAUGAAUGGUUGAAGGAUUUGUUUCAAGAGAGAGAGCAAUGGGCUUUGGUCUAUGGAAGAGAUACAUUCUCUGCAGACAUAAGAAGUGCACAACAAACUGUUAGUAUAGAUGGUAUUAUCUUAAGGAAGUACCUCAAAAUUGAGUUGGAUUUGCUGGAUUUCUUUCGGCAUUUUGAAAGCUUGGUGGAGGAUUAUCGAUAUGAAGAAUUAAAAUCUAAUUUUGAAAUGAGCCAAAGUAUACCAAAAUUGGUGUUACCUGUGAAGAUGUUGAAGCAGGUAGUGGAUGUUUACACCCCAGUUAUAUAUGAAAUGUUCCAAAAGGAGUAUGUGGAGAGUCUAGACUGUGUUGUUCACAGUUGUAAUGAGAUGGGGACAACAACUGAGUACAAAGUUACUGUCGUUGAGAAAAAUCAUGAGAAUACUGUCACAUUUAACUCAUUAAAUGGCACAAUUCUUUGCAGUUGUAAGAAGUUUGAGUUUAUUGGGAUUUUAUGUAGCCAUGCAUUAAAAAUACUUGAUCUCAGAAAUAUAAAGGUGCUCCGAUCACAAUACAUCUUGAAGAGGUGGACGAAAAAUGCUAAGUCUGGAAGCAUAGCCACUGGAAAUGCGUGCACAGCACAAACUGAUCCUAAGUUUGAUUUAUCGAGGCGUUAUAAAGAGUUGUGUGGUAACUUUGUCAAAAUAGCUGCAAGGGCUGCAGAGACUGAAGAAACAUAUACUUUUGCUGCAAAUUAUUCUGAACAUAUAUUGCAUGGAAUAGAAGAAAUAUUGAAAAGAAAAAUUCAUGAAGAACCUCUGGGUGCUGCAUCAAAUGGCGCCGAUGCACUGACAUCCCAAUCACGACAUUAACUGGCUGCUCUGCUUGUUAAUUAUUCAGAUGGAGACACUACUGAGCUACCAGGUUUUAGCAUAGACACUUCCGGAGCUGCAUCUGAUACUUGGUGGGUUAUUCCGGACACUGAGGCAAAACAUAGACUCGACUAUGGGUGUGAUUACUGUGCCUUUGGAGGCUUGGGAUACUGAGUGACUUCAAUGGUUUUACUCUAUAAUAUUUUGUGUAUAUAUAUAUAUAUAUAUAUGGAUGUUCAGAUUUGUAAGAACUUGGAGAUGUACUGAAUUAUCACCUUUUGUGUAUAUAUGGAAUCGAUAUGCUGUAGGUUA